CCGGCAGGUACUAUCAGCCGAAGGGUGAGUCAGAGCCAGCCCACAGCCACUCGAUACACCCCUUGGUCCCAACCACCACAAUCAGAGCUGAAGCAGACUUACAGUCUGCGCAGUUCUACGCCAGCCUAGCAAGACUUGUCUGAGGCAUCCGUGAGUUACUUCCACCAACGAUCUAUUUGUGAUGUCCUCGCUGCAUCCUCGUGUUUGGUGGCAGCGUAACCGCACCAAUCAUAACUUCUGUGGAUACGAACACCAGUAAACAAUCUGCCUCGUGUCCGUAGCCGGAAGGUCGUGGACGCACAGCUUUGAUGUUGACCACCACCACCGAGGAUGGCGCCGAUGGGCUAAUACACGAUGAUGAUGAUAAUGACACCUUGCAAACUCAACUGACCACGGAUCGUAGACGUAGGCCGCCCCCCGUGCCGCCUUCUUCAACCAUCCCCACUGAGCACCCAGCCCCCGUCGCGAUUUCCACCUCAUUACACAACAAUAACCUUACAACCCAGUGCCAAGAUGUUCGCCCUUUACUGAACCCUUGUGCCUCUUCCCACUCGUCAACGGCUCUUAGCGUCCAUGGCCCAUCUCUUGAAAGCUCCCUUUCAAGUGCUCAUAGUACUUCCUCCCAUGUCUUCCUAAACACCCACCCCGACCGUCUUCGGACAUCGCCGGUUUUUACCACUUCACAGGACCUCGUCGCCCAUUAUGGCAUACCUCAGAAUCUUCCUCCGCCUCCAAGUCUCGCACCCAAUAGUUCCAAAGCUUCAGCACCCCAACCAGCGCUCAAACCUCCCGUGUCUUCCAUUUUCGAUUUCGACUCUAUCCGCCAGAAUUACUUGACCAUGUUAUCACACAACCCCACUGAACCCAAAUCUGUUCCCGAGGCGGCGCAAGCGCCGCCAGACGGGGAGAGGGCCAAGACGUUGAAGGCAAUCGAAGAGCUCCUAACAUCGCCCGAGUUUCUUAGCUUGGGAGAUAACUUCGAUUGCACUUCUCCUCUCUUCUCAGAUUCCGCCUCCCCAUUGUUCAACGAAGCCGCCAGCACGUUCGACGUUGAUGCGUAUCUCACGUCGCCGAUGGAAGCUCCGUUAGACGACUUUACUGUUUCUCCGCUCGACGAUAGUCCCAUCAGCGACUUUUUGACGACACCCGUUCUUCCUUUCGAGAGCGAGGCUGACAUGAUGUCGGGUCCCCUCAUCUCGGAUGCUGGAUACUCGGAUAACUUGGAGCUGUUCGGCGGGCUGUCGGCCUAUCCGACUUUCGAGUUCACUUCCAAGGAACCUAGCUUCCCAUCCCUCCCGCCGUUAUAUACGAUCUCGCCUGGGACUCCAGCGCUCGAUACCAUAGAUCCGUCAGCCACUAGCCUCAAGUCACGCGUGUCGGCGUCAGUCGCAGCCGCUGUCGCUCCUGCUCCUCAAAAGAAGCGUGCGGCGGCAACUGGCACCCGUAAAAAUCUCAAGCCAGAGGCCCUCAUUUCUUCCGAGGCCCCAACUCAAAAGCGGUCGUAUGUCACUCCGUCUGUGACAUCCCGCAAGGCUGUGCCUGCAUCCUUUGUUCAGAAGCGGCUUCACUCUGCCGCUUUCAACGAGCAAGAUUUGGCGGAAAUCUCGCCGACGCCCAGCGAGCAGGAUUCGAUCGAGUGGAAACGGCGGCAGAACACUCUCGCUGCUCGUAAAAGUCGCAAGCGGAAGCUUGAGCACCAGCAGCUGCUCGAGGACAACGUGACUAGCCUCAAAAGCGAUGUCGAGCGCUGGCGAACGAGGGCGAUGAUGGCCCAGGAUCUGCUCAAGGCCAACGGCAUCGCGUGCCCCUCAACCUGGUCGGCCGACGAGUAGAACAAUGCGGAUUCCGACUUUCUUUCCUUCUCUCCAUCUUCCCUUCGGCGCCCAUGUACUAACCCCAUCGUUCCCCCAUCCACUUGAAUUGAACGAGCGCCGUCGUAACCCUUACCUGUUUGAUCUUAUCAACUAACCUAACUGCUAUCUUACUCGUGUUAAGCAAUGCCCUGGACAUUUAACCUCAGCAUGCCUGCUACCUAUAACUAGAUAGAGUACGCAUAAUUGCCAGCGUCGUUUGACGCAUCCCUAAAAUCGUUGUAGUUUGCUACAGGAAAUCAUUCAUUCAUCUGUCCCGCUUA